GAAUGUAUUUGACAGGCCUGUAUAAAGUGCACUUAUUGAGAAUUGAAACCGUAAUAUAAUACAGAAACUAGAACAAAGUAAACUAAUAAUUUUUGUAUGUUUAACAAUAUAUUAUUUCUUUACAGACAGAAAUGAAUAUAUGUAUGAAUAUAUAUAUGAAAAUGAAGAUCCACUGCAGAAGGUUUUUCAUAGGACAGACGACGUGGACUUGCAACAAACAUAAACUGUUCACGGCCUGAUGUGAUCAAACAGCAACAACUGUAAAGUUCAUGACUCUCUAAACCAGUCAUACAGGGAAAGUGGAAAUUUGGAACUACCAGCUAAGCUUUUUCCUGUAAGAAACAUGCAUGAUUUCACAAGAACCUUUGUUUCCUUCUGUAUUUCACUUGUGAACAAAACAUCACAUUUACAGUCCUAAAAUGGGUCAGAGUUUCAGAAGAGGCUCAGUGGAUGAUUUCCAGAACGUCUGCUAAAUGCUGUAAAUUCAAAGUGAUAUCAACCAGUAGGGUCACUAAACUAACCACUGAUUUGUUAAUAAAUACUUCUGGAAUAAGUUUAAGUGUACACCAUUGCUAGGUUUCAUUCUAUUUUCCAAUUUUACAUAAUGCAGUAGAUUUGAGAGAACUUGGCUAAUCCCCAAGGAGAAGUUGGAUGUCACAGCAGUCACAAGAGCAACAGGGAGGAUAAACAUUUGACAGAUCAUAAGACAGAUGAAAAAACUCACAUCAUACUGCGCUUCAAGUUACGUGAACAUAAUUAAAAACAAAAACACAACAAAAAAUCAACAAAAACACUGAUGUCCACAGUUCUCCGAUCUUCAGUUGCUAAAUGUUUGGAUAGAACGCAAAUCUAUUGCAGGGCACCAGACACCACAUUUUGCCCUUUCAUAGGGGCAAGCUAGAUCCGUCAGUCUACAUGGUGUGUUACUUAUAAACACAGGGAUGCGUUUAAACAGAUAGCAAACGUGCAGAAAAGCUAAAAACCAUAAACUAGAUCAAAUUUCUCCAUCAUUUUUGAAAGGAACCAGGAUUUAGCAAAGAACCAGAGUAACUGAGGAAGCCUUCAUGUUUAAAGGAUUUCACUGAUCAAAUUCUUGAUCCUAGUUCAAGGGAAAGACAAAUUCAAUGGCACCGCAACUGUGCGGCUAAAAAUUCAUGCUAACAAUUUUGGGAAGAACUACGAUUAGCCGGCAAAGUCAAGCGUCCCAAUACUUUUGUUAAUAAUAGUAUAUGUAAUACUUUAAGGCUGCACAAAUAAAACUGAACUGCUCACAGACUGGAAACAAAAAGUAAUGAAAUGUAUAUUAUUGCUGACAGGAAUAAACAUGUAGCAUACAGCAAAGGAAACUAGCGCAUCUAGCUGGGGUUUAUAGUGAAAAGUUACUGGAAAAUUAUUCAGACUAGAGGCUGCACUUCUUUCUGGUUGAAAUCGAGUCUGUUUUUAUGACACAUUAUAUUUUUGUGAGCAGACAAACAUGAAACCGCAUGUUUACUCAUUCAGGGCGACAUUUUGAAGUAAAUGUUAUUAGGUUAUUGCUAAUCAGUGGAGGAUUUUUUUGGACCACAAUCUGAUAAAAGCCUCAACCACAUGAAGACAUUUUAUAGAUAUCUAUGUUUUUUUAUAUUAUACUUUCCUUGUCGUAAAAAUAUGGGUUAUUAUUUUUGAUAUUUUAUGUCUAGCUAGAUGUUAUGAACCAUUACACCAACUUGGUGUUAUGUCCCAAGGAAACACCUAAUGGAUGAACACAAGUUUGGAGGCACAAUUAUAUGUCAGACAUUAUUUCUAUUUUUAUGGAAAGAUUUUUAUUCAUGUUAUAUUGCACUAUAAAUACAUAAAUGCUUAAAACUACACACGUAAAGCAGCAUGUUAACUCUGUCCAGACAAGUUGCUAAUAGCAAAAUUUGUUCUCUGCAGUGUUGUGAAGCGUCAAGUUCACGAUUAAGUGAGGAGAAAUCGAUCCACAUAUCGAAGAUUGAAAAAAACAUUCACAAAUUAUUGGUCAUUUUCUAAAUAAUAAAAAUAUAGUGCAUCUAUUAUUAAUUAUAUAUAAAUAAUGUAUUUUUUUUGCAAAUAUGUUAAAAACAAUUAUAAUCAUUUUGUUUUUAUUUAAACACAAUUACCACUGGCAAUAAGCUACUAAAAAGAUACAUGAAAGCAAAAACCCUACAUACAAACCUAAACGUGGAACAAAACGAAACAUUGAGGAACAGCUGCUUCAUUCAUAAAAUCAGCCACGAAAGAAAAAAAACUGCGAAAAUACAAAAUGCAAAAACAUUUUACCUACAAAUUAAUUCAAAACAAACAGUAUUACGUCCUACUACAAUGAUGCAGAACAUAAAUAAAAGAGACCCACCUGGAUAGAAUCUCAAAUAAAUAGAAAUGUGUGUACCCUUGUAGUCUUUUUUUUUUUUUAUGGGCGGUUCUUAUGCAAGCAGUGGUAAAACCCGAUUUAAUCAUCUGUCAGAUCCUGAAAGGGAUCUAUAAAGUAUAAGAGGUCUGUACACUCGGUUUGUGCAUGAGCAUUGAAAAAGUCAGUUUUUUACUUAUUUGGGUUUUUUUUUUUUUUACAUCUUUUUAAGUAUUGUGUAAUUGGUCAGGGAGAUAAAACAAACACAGGAAGUCAAUAACAGACACUGGUUUACUGAGAACAGAAAAGAAUGAAUGCAACAGACACGAACAAUGUGGAACCCAAAUAUGAAUAUGCAGACAUGAGCGAGCUUAAGGAUGAACUGUGCCACAAGGAAGCCGUGGCAAAAGUCGGGUCGGUUCUGGUACCGUUAUUUUUCUGCAUUGUGUUCGUGCUCAGUGUCAUAGGGAACAGUUUGGUUCUGGGGAUUCUUGCACACUAUGAGAAUAUGAAAUCGUUGACCAACAUCUUCAUACUGAACUUGGCUCUGUCGGACCUGCUGUUCUCUGUCGGAUUGCCGUUUUGGGUUCACUACUUCAUCUGGGGGUGGAAUCUCGGAGAUGUUGCGUGCAAGACCGUCUGCUUCUUUUUCUACGCUGGGUUUUACAGUAGCGUGGUGUUCCUGAUGCUGAUGACCAUACAGCGCUACAUGGCCGUUGUGUACCCUCUGUCCGACUGGGAAAAAAGACAGGGUUUUGCUUUAAUCCCCACCGUCGCAUGGAUCCUGAGCAUCGCAGCAGCCGUACCAGCUUCCAUCUUCAGCUCGGAAAUACCAGAUCCAGCACAUCCCUCACAACUCUACUGUGAGUACAACUCCAAAAAGGCAAAGAUCAUAUUUACAUACGUACAGAACGGCUUUUUCUUCUGCGCCUUCGUGGUCAUGGGUUUUUGCUACUCGAGUAUCCUAAAGACCAUCAUCAAUACCAGGACCAAAAAGCGGCACCGCACUAUGAGACUCAUUUUCACCAUCGUUGUCGCCUUCUUUCUCGGAUGGGCUCCUUAUAACCUGGUGAAUUUCUUCCAAACUUUAACCCAACUGAACUUGAACUAUUUCACAGACUGCGAGGUCACGCAUCAUCUCGACUACGCCGAGUACGUGUGCAAGCUGCUGGCGUUCUCACACUGCUGCCUCAAUCCCGUGUUUUACGUUUUCGUCGGCCUGAAGUUCAGGAAUCAUCUGAAGGAGAUCGUGCAGAAGAUUUUUCACAGGCCGUCGAGCACGAGUCCGUCUCAAACACGAACUAUCCCUCAGUCCCUCGGGUCCUUGUACUGAAACUGAAGCAAUUUCAGAAGCAGUAACCGAGCUCUCAGAUUCAGUCUAAACAUCUGGAUUAUUGAGUGAAUUGGAGGAACACGAUUGCAUUAAAUAUAUACGGUAUAUAUAUUUUUGUAAAGAUUUUUGUUUUAUUUUUUUAAUAAAAAUUUUUAUACUUGCACUCCUCAUCCUCUUUACUGUGUAUACUGUUUACUGUGUACACCUGUACACUGUCUAACUAGAUGUGAUGGUUUAAGUAUUAAUCAGAUGAUCAGAUGAUCAAGGAACAGCUACUAGAACUCAAACCAUCACUCUUUACAAACGUCCUGAGCAGAAAAGCAUCUCGGACGAGGCCGAAUCUUGUAGCCGAGCUCUUGACUGUACAGUAAAACCCUGAUGAACGAGUAACUAAUAGUACGAGCAAACGGAGAUACGAGCGACCUCGCUCGCUAAAUUUGACCCUAUUUUGCGAGCAAAUUUCGAACGCAGGAGCAAACCCACGCUGCCGGUUCCCCGCUUUCAGCCGAGGGUAGCAUCGGUCGCUUAGUUCAUCUCGUGUCGCUCUCAUUGUUCAGUGCAGCAAAAACUUUUUUUUAA